AACAUUUGUCAUCGCCAGAUUUGACGUUUCGCAUAUCGUUAGGUGUGGUAAAUAAGUCCAAUUGGUUUUUUGUUUAAAUCAGAGUGAAAAUGUCGGCCACUUUGAAGCCCUACCUCACGGCCGUGCGCCACACACUUACGGCGGCCAUGUGCCUCUCAAAUUUCUCAUCGCAAGUUGUUGAACGCCACAACAAACCCGAGGUGGAGGUGCGAAGUAGCAAGGAGCUCCUGCUCACGCCGGUUGUCAUUUCCCGGAACGAAAGGGAGCGUGUAUUAAUCGAAACCAGCGUGAAUUCAGUGCGGAUCAGCAUCGCCGUGAAGCAGGCCGACGAAAUUGAAAAGAUUCUUUGUCACAAGUUCACACGUUUCAUGAUGCGCCGCGCGGAGAACUUCAUAAUCCUGCGAAGGAAGCCCAUCGAGGGAUACGACAUCAGUUUCCUGAUUACCAAUUUCCACACAGAGCAAAUGUACAAGCACAAACUAGUCGACUUUGUAAUUCACUUCAUGGAGGAGAUCGAUAAGGAGAUAAGCGAAAUGAAGCUGGCAGUCAACGCCCGAGCACGUAUCUGUUCCGAGGAGUUCCUGAAGCGAUUCUAAGUAAGGAAGAUAGUGUAGGCCCGUCUUCCAAAGAUUUCUAGAUGUGUUUUGAGGGGAUCGGGGUGCGGGAGAGAGAAAGUAUUGACGGUCUCGUUUUUUGUUGGGGCUUCAAUGUUUACUUGCGAUAACGUCCACAAGCCGGAUGCAACCCAUCCACUGAUGACUAAUGCUUGAAUUUAUCUACUGCCAACUACAAUUGUUUAGUAAAAACCUCUUGAAGCUCAUAGAAUGGCAACCGCUCUUAUGAACCGUCUUCAGAGCUCAUAGAACGAGGUCACCACCGUCAUGGAUCAAAACUUUCAUCACGCAACCAACGAGCAAUCUUUACUUUCUCAUUCCGCCCCCGAGUCCCCAUAGUACCCCGCGUUCUUCGCGCAUUGUUACGAGUCGUCUUAAGAAUAUUUUAAAGAGCAGUUGUAAGUCGAGUGUGCAUGUCCUAAUUCCGAUUGGUUCUCUAUCACACCCCGCAAUAAAUGUAGUGAAACUUAAAGUGUUAUUCCGAAAACUAUAUAAGAAUUUAAAGAAAGGACCUAGGAAGUAGCCGCGCCAGUUUUCUAUUCAUUCGUAUUAUAUCAUUAGCGUCUUGCAAACAGCAGAAUUGUCCGUGUGAUGAUACUUUGUAAGGUCUAUUGCUGCAUUUAAUGGUUUAUCGACUCCCUAAGUUUAGAAAUGAGUUUGGAAAGCAAAGCAAAUUGUGUAUUAUUUAAAAAUCAUUUUAUUGUAAAUAAACAUUCUUUUCAGUUUAUAA